UUUAAUUUGUAGCAUAUAAUAAACAUUUAAUACAAAAAAUAACAUUUAAAUUAACAUUUAAAUAAACAUUUAAAUUAUUGCAUACAAAAAAAUACAUUUUUUGAUCAAUAUGUAAUGCCGUACAUAUAUCCAUUUAAGUAUAGUUUUACUUUUCCAAUCUUCUUAUUGGUUAUUAUCUUGCUUUAUUUACAUUUUAUUUACUCAGGGAAUUUAAUUCAUUAAUUUUGUUAAAUUUAUUCAAAUUUUAUUAAAACUGUAUUAUGUUUAUAAGAAGAAAUAGUUAAUGGCACGCGAUUUAAAAUUGUAGAAUUGUAGAAAUAAUACGUCGUUUUUGGUGUUGCAUAAAGUAUCAGGGAGAAUUUAUGCGCUUGCACGUUUGUAGCGUUUCGCCUCCAGAAGAACUGCAUGAUCGGAAACUGCUUCCCACAUGGAGAAGCUUCCAUGGUUGAGUUUGGUGGGUGAGGAAAAUAAAAGAUGCGUUUUUGACCGAAAAGGAUUAACCUUUAUUGGCUCUAGGGGAAAAGGCAUAUCAAGGCAUAUAAUUUAAGAAUAAAAAUGUACUUGCAGCUAAGAUUUAUUUGUUUGUGUGUGCAAUUCCCACUCGAACGCUUGUUUAAACAAUUUUCUCGUUGUUGGAUUCAAGAUGAAAUGUAUUGCGGAUUGACAGCAUGGGCAUAAUAUCUCUAUGAGAUAAGACGACUGGAGAAGGAUCUCAAACGUCGUGGAUAGUUUGACGUAUCCGCGCGUUGCGAUGAAAGUCACCUAACGACAGCUGUUGCUUUUUGUAAUUACUUUUUUGUGAUACCUUGAGUUGAUACAGGACAACGCCUAGAAAUCGCCGCCUGGAGUUGCGUUUACGUAUAUAUGCACAUUAAUUUUGUUUGUACGUAUGCGUACGCGCAUGUCAUGCACUACUUCUGCUCACUCUAUUGUACAACUGCUAUAUGCAGUAUCAAGCAAAAUCCAAAGCGUGCGCUUGUCAAGGUGUGCGGAAAAAUUUUACUAUCUUGUCUACAGAAAAAUUUUGUACCGUUUUCGUAGGAGUUUCAAUGUAAUCAGCGCUCGUUUGCAAAACGUCAAUUAAGAAAGUAAUAGACAAAAAUGAAUGAGAUUCAUGUACCAGUACGGGACAAUUCGCCGUCAAUAGAGCACACCUUGCGUCCAAUAUCUUACACGUCAUGGUUCAUGGGCGUGGGGAUUGCACAUCCGCGAAAGUGUUCCAAGUUUGUGACGAUAGUUAUACGUAUUAUUCACCUGGUCGUGUGUACAGUGUUUCUAAAAAUAUACAUCGAGCACAUGUUCCCUUUAUCCCUAGAUACAGUAAUAAAAUUCUUCUUUAUCAUAGAUAGGAUGAUAUUUUUUGUAGCGAUAUAUUAUUACAUUUAUCACGGAAUCAGGCAGUAUGACAAGUGGCCUGAGCUGAUGGACAAAAUGAAGGAGCUUGAUCGAAAGAUCAAGAAAGAAAUACAUAUGAAUGAUCAACCAGUAAAAAUCAUGGAAGCAGUAGCGAUUCUAAUGACUUUUGUGUGUUGCCCUUCGUUCCCGAUUGUAAUCUCUCUAUACUACUUUUUGAAUUCAUAUAACAGUAGUGUGAUCAAUUAUUUGUUAUAUUAUCUCAUGAUAGCACAGUCGUUGAUCAACAGCUUCUGCUUCGAUGUGGUUGUUUAUGUGCUGUAUUACAGACAUCAAACGGUAAAUAAGAUGUUCGGUCAUUUGAAUAAGUUAUCAGAUGCUCCAUCGAUUGCGUUUAAGAUUAGACGCAUCAGAGAAUUGCAUAAUGAUAUUUGUGAUCUAGUUAUUAUGAUAAACGAUAUUCACGGUCUUCAUCUUCUUCUCUGCUCGACGAAUUCUUUAUUUAUGGUCACGUCUACACUAUACAGUGCAUACUUAAAUACCAUGAAGGAAGAAUAUGACGAUAUGUUGAUAGAUUACAUGACGGCGAUUAUAUAUACUAUGCAAUUUGGUCUGAUUUGCUGGAUCUGCACACUUGCAUGUCAAGAAUUCGGCAAAAUCAAGAUAAUUAUGAACACAAUUGCAUUGAAAUGCAAAUCUAUGAAUUUUGAUAAACUGAACGAGACAAGGAAUCAAUCGAGUUUAGAAACGCGGUCGCCAUUGCAAGAUUCGGACAGUGAGCAAAAUUCUAAUUGGAGUAACAGUCACGAUUGGAAUUAUGUUGUCAUGGAAAAUCUUUUGAGUAAAAUUUUGGACCGGGACUAUGUAAGUGAUGAAAUUAAUUGGUUUUUGAUUCAACUGCAACAGCGUCGAGUAUCAUUUACGGCCUGCGAUUUUUUCGAAAUGAGCAACAAUUUGUUCUGCAGUGUGAGUACAAUAUUUACGUCGUACAAUUUAUGUAAAAUUAAUUACUUUCAAAUUGCAUUAAAUAUGUUUCAAAGUCAUUAAAUACAAAACUUAUUUUUCAGUUCGUCGGAGUGAUCUGCACUUAUUUAAUUAUUUACGUUCAAUUUAUUCAAUUCCCGGAUACCUAAAAAAAAAACAGAGUGCAGCUUGUGUCGGUAGUUUGUUAAUAGUAAUAAUAAUAUAUAAAUAUUAUCUGUUAAAGAAGUUAUAGUUCGUAAUAUUUGGUUUAUUCUUAACAAAUAUAUUUCGCUCAUCUAACGACACCAUCAUUUUGUGUAAUCGCUUUUAAUUUUUUGUUAAACGACUAAGAGGUGACAUCCUGAGUCGAUGUGACAACGCCUAGAAACCGCAGCAUGAUGGAAUCACAUUUAAAUGUAUACGAAUUCAUUUUGCAUGUAUAAUGUGUACGUGCUUGUUGUGUGUGCGUGCGUGUGCGUGCGCAUAUCAUGUAUGACUUUUAAUUUCUCUGAUGUACAACUGUUAUAUGCAGUAUCAAGCAAAAUUCGAGGCGUGUGCUUGUUAAAGUGUUCAGAAAAAUGUUAUUACCUUGUCGACUAAAUAUCUUGUACUGUUUACCGAGGAGUUUUAUUAUAAUCAGCACUCGUUUGCAAAACGUUAAUUAAGAAAGUAAUAGAUGAAAAUGGAAGAGAUUCAUGCACCGGUGGAUGACAACUCGCUGUCGAUAGAACACAUUUUACGUCCAAUAACUUACACGGUUUGGUUCAUGGGCGUUG